AACAUGCCUAUAACUUGUCUCUAUUCUUAUAUAUUGUCUUCUUCUUUGUUUAUUUCUCAUACAAAAACAGAGCAAAACAGAGCAACAUCCAUGGCAACCAAAGGCUUUGUUUUAUAUCUGUUAACAGCUUUCUCCAUCGCUGUUUUAUCGGUGUUCCUCAUUUCCGGCCAUGACAAUCACAAAAAAAAUCUUCAUAUUCAUCGUUCAUCGUCGAAUUCUGUCUCUCUUGAGACCGACGAGAAAACAUGGCCUGAAUUGGAGUUCAACUGGAGAAUUAUGUUGGCUACGUUGAUCGGAUUCUUGGGUUCGGCUUGUGGGACGGUUGGUGGUGUUGGGGGUGGUGGCAUUUUUGUUCCCAUGCUUACUUUGGUUGUCGGUUUUGAUACUAAAUCUGCUGCUGCUCUUUCUAAGUGUAUGAUAAUGGGGGCAUCGGCUUCAUCAUUUUGGUACAAUCUAAGAGUCCAACAUCCAUGUAGAGAAGUACCAAUUUUGGACUAUGAUUUAGCGCUCUUGUUUCAACCUAUGCUUAUGCUUGGAAUCACACUUGGUGUCGCUCUUAGCGUUGUUUUUCCUUAUUGGCUCAUCACUGUUCUCAUCAUCAUUCUCUUCUUAGGAACAUCUUCAAGGUCUUUUUUUAGGGGCAUUGAGAUGUGGAAAGAAGAGACCAUACUAAAUAAAGAAAUGGCACAACCACGGGAAACAUUUGCAAAUUCUAGAGGAGAACUCUUGAUCGACACAUAUGAGCCUUUAAUUCCAAGGGAAGAGAAAACGCCAAUGGAAAUCUUUACCUUCAACUUACGCUGGAAGAAGCUUAUGUUAUUGGUAGCUGUAUGGGCUGCCUUCUUAGUUCUUCAAGUCAUCAAGAACGAUUUAGUAGUCUGCAGUACAUGGUACUGGGUACUCACAGUAGCGCAGUUCCCAGCAACACUAGCAGUGUUUGGGUAUGAAUGUGUUAAGUUGUACAAGGAAAGCAAAAAGAGGAGAAGCUUAGGGAACACUGAAUCGGUUUGUGAGGCCACAAUCAAUUGGACUGUCCCCAACCUCAUAUUCUGCGCACUUUGUGGGAUCUUGGGUGGAACUGUUGGCGGCCUUUUGGGGUCUGGAGGCGGGUUUAUUCUCGGCCCUCUUUUACUUGAGAUUGGUGUCAUACCACAGGUGGCAAGCGCAACAGCGACAUUUGUGAUGAUGUUUUCCUCCUCUCUAUCAGUGGUCGAGUUCUAUCUACUCAAGAGGUUCCCGAUCCCUUAUGCACUAUACCUAAUGAGUGUAUCAAUUUUGGCUGGUUUUUGGGGUCAAUUCUUCGUUAGAAAACUCGUUGUAUUCCUAAAGAGAGCUUCUCUCAUUGUCUUCAUUCUUUCUGGUGUGAUCUUUGCCAGUGCUAUAACAAUGGGAGUUAUUGGUAUUGAACAAAGCAUUAGGAUGAUCCACAAUCAUGAGUUCAUGGGAUUUCUUGAGUUCUGUAGCAGUCAAUAGACACUCCAAACACAAUAGUGAUGGUAUUAAUGUACAAAAUCAUACAGCAUUGUUCUGAAGGUGCUUUAGGCCAAUGUCCGUUGGCCAAUUGACCCCCAAUGAAUGCUGUCAUUAGUUCACCUUAUUAUUCAUUGUUACAAAAUGUCGGGUGCAUGUGAAAAGAGGCUUUUGGGGCAGAUUGAAAUGUUAACUACUUUGUUAACAAUAUUGUCGGCCACCAUUAGCGCCACAGUCACUGUUAGCAAUUUAGUUUCAAAUAAAGGUUAUGUUUUGUGGUUGUGAUGAAGUGUUAGCUACUCGUUAACACGAAAGCAACCUUCAAUUCGUUGGAUAGUAUUUGCAUUUCAUUUCAUUGUAUUGAAUUUGUUCUGCAUAUAAUUGAAAGCUGCAAGAUUGUAGAAUUUAUUUCAAA